AUGCCGUCCUUCAAGCCGUUUUCAGCGGUGACGGGACGCAACAGCUACAGCCUGUUUGAUAUUCGGCUGGAUCAAGACUUCAUCGUCUUUCGAGGUAAUGACCAUGAGUCUUCAGGUCAGCUCCUCAAGGGGGUCGUAGUUCUCUGCCUCUCGUCCCCCUUGCGCAUUGAGGACAUUCACUUGCGCCUCGUGGGCACUUUGCGCUUAUCAUGGACUGACCAUAGAUCGACUGCCCCCGGUGUCUCUGGGCAAAAAGUUGAUAAAGCGACUAUCAUUCUCGACCACCGAUGGCAACCUUUUGUCGGCACCCAUGGCAAGAGCAUGACCCUCCCCGCCGGCAAUUACGAGUACCCUUUCGAGUUUAUGCUACCCGGAGAUACCGCUGAGAGCGUAGAGGGCAUCCCAGAAGCCUCCAUUACCUAUCGAUUAAAGGCGACUGUUGGCCGUGGCAAGCUCGCCUACGAUUUGCACGCAUACAAGCACCUACGCAUCAUUAGAACCCUGGAGCCAGGCGCCUUGGAGUUCUUGCAUGCCAUGAGCGUGGAGAAUAUUUGGCCCAACAAGGUGGACUACUCCAUCAUUAUCCCCCAAAAGGCGGUAGUGUUUGGCGGCACCAUCAACAUGGAGAUGCGCUUUACUCCUUUGUUAAAGGGCCUCGAGAUUGGCGACAUUACCGCCAAAAUGAUUGAAAUCCGCGACUGUUGGAUUCAAGGUGCAACUGGGCUCAGCAUGCGGGAGCACCGAACGGAGCGUGAGGUCGCGACUUGGCGGUUCGAGGUGAAUCGCGAGGAACACUGGCACGACAUGAUUGAAGAUACUGGCCAGGAGGGCUGGGCCUUAGUCAAGCCUUUGCCUCUUCCCAAGCGACUACGGCAAUGCAUUCAAGACCUGAACCACCACGGCAUCAAGGUCAGGCAUAAGAUUAAGUUGACCGUGGCAUUGAAGAACCCGGACGGCCACAUUUCAGAGCUCCGUGCUACCCUUCCCGUCUCAAUCUUCAUCUCACCCAAUAUUCCCUUUGACGAACAGGGCAACCUGCUCAGCCAGAACCAAGGCAGCGGCGUUGCUUCCACUGAGAAUGCCUCCAUUGCACCACCUGGGUACGGCGAGCAUGUGUUGGAUCAACUGUAUGAAGACGUGGAUGUAUCUGGUUUCCAAACUCCAGCAAUCCAGUCUGGCGUCAGCAGCCCCUUCUACUCACAUUCGAGGAGCGGCUCGGCCGAGAACCUCGCAUCUCUGGCUCAUCCAGCGCCGAUAGCGCCGGCGGCCUUAUCGUCUCGGUUGGCCGAUGUGUCAAUUGAUCCCUCCCAGCGAAAUCGAUCGUAUACUUCGAUGCCUUCACAUUCACAUUCUCCUUCUGGCAGGGUAUCGCCGACAUCGGGCGUACAUGGAUCCGCACCGCGGUCCGAACCGCCAUCACAGAACCUCACAAGAAGCAAUAGUGAAGAGGAUCACUCGGCCAGAAACUCUACGGAGCACGUUGACCUGGAUCCGGCCGAAUUUGCGGAGCUCAACCGUGUGCCUAGCUAUGCCACGGCAGUCCGCACACCGGCGCGUUCUCGGGCGCAACCCGCAGCGGGACUUGUUCCGGAUUACCAGACUGCACUGCAUGCACCACGCACUCCUCCGGCUACGGAUAUUAUUCCCGAGCCCUUGGGUACCAUAUCUGAGGACCGGACUGGUGAAAACCGCGGCCCAACAAGUGCACCGUCUAUUAUUUCCACUACUACUGCGAACUCGGGCAGCUCAUGA